GACUCACUGAUUCUGAACAGUGACUCGUCGAGCAGGUCACGCGCGCACGUCCCGGCCACCCACAUACGCUACUGAGGAAAUGGCCGUGCGUUUUCUGUCCGUAACGAGAAGAUACCCGAUCGAUUUGUGCAGGUUAACACCAAGUGCUGUCACCAGGUCUGUUGUAGGCCUCUUCAGCACUGCGGCGGAACAGCGUAGUACCGGUGACGACUGCCAUGGUGAUGAUGGAGAUGACGACCACAGUCACUCUGUGACACAUGUCAGGACGUUGGAGUUGAGAGCUAGAAAACUGGAAGAGCAGGUUCACGACCUCACGGAGCGAUACAAACGAGCCCUAGCUGACUCGGACAAUGUUAGAAGAAGAACACAGAAAUUUGUCGAGGACGCCAAACUAUUUGGGAUUCAGAGUUUCUGCCGUGACAUUGUGGAGGUGGCAGACCUGUUGGAGAAGAGCGCAGAAGUCGAGGAGAGAGAUGGAGUACAGCAGCUGACACAAUACCUGGCAUACAUACAGGGACGGCUGCAGGACGUCUUCACCAAACAUGGACUGGAGAAGAUGACACCCGUGGGAGGCUCCUACGACCCUUAUCAGCAUGAAAUCGUCUGUCAUACUCCAGCAGAGGGAGUGGAGCCUGGCACCAUAGCUGUGGUGAAGCAAGACGGUUACAUGCUGCAUGGACGUACCAUUCGCCACGCCCAUGUGGGCAUUGCUGUGAAGACACAGGAGCAGUGACAGGGCCUUGAUUCAGUCCUCUUAUGUUUUUUUUUUUUUUACACCCUUAGUAUGUUCUUACAUCUCUAGACAACUACACAUUUGACUUACUCUUUGAAGUAAUGGUUAUUUAUAUGUAUUUAUAAAAGUUGCGUUUUCUUCUUUUCCUAACUUCUAAUCUACACUGAUUAAUUAGGCCUUGUUAUUUGUGUUUUAGUUUUGUUUUUGUUUUUUGAACCCCCGAUUUACAGAAUGUCCAAUGCCCAUUUAAUGUUUGGAAAGAUUCAUUAUUGUUUUGUGUGUGUUAAAGAGAAUUGACCUGGAAAAAUGCACUUUACACCCUUGUCAUGGUGGUUUCUGUAAGUGAUUAGUAGUUUUGGCGCAGUAUUUUAUUAGAAAGUUUCUAACACUUUAUAAUAAGGUUCUAUAUGUUUAACAAUAAUUAAUGAAGUAGGCAUCAGUCAUGUUUACAGCACUUAUUAAUCUUGGUUAAUGUUCAUUUAAAAAAUAUACUAUUCUAAUUCAUAUAUAGUUCAUAAUGCAUCAUUUAAAUGUUAACUCGAUAUUAAUAAAUGCAGUAAAAGUGAGUAGUUCAUGUUAACAUAUAGAACAUUAUUGUAAUGCUCCCUGAAAGUCAUUGGCUGUUGUUGAAUGUGUCAAGUAAGUGUUAUAAGGCCACCAUUUACCCAAAAACAAAUGCUAGAACUUUUCUCUUUUGGAGGGGAGAAAUGCACAUGAGAUGUAUAUGUAUCCAAAGUGGAAUUGAACAAUGUUAUUUGGGAGAUGAAAUUCACAAAAAUAUUUAUAUGUAUUUAUUUUGUUUGUAAUAUUUUGCCCUGAUAGUUUUUUGUUUGUUUUUGUAACUGAGAAGAAAAACUGUAUGCUAUUUACAUUUUCAUGUAAACUAAGGUUUUUACAGAUGUAUUCUUUGUAAAUAAUGAAAACGAUUAGUUGUGAGUAUGUGUGCGAGGUCUUGACUGAAUAAAAUCUCAUCAUUUGUUCA